GAGCUCAGCGAAUCAUCAACAGUGCUUUCACAGCGAGCUGUCUACGCUGAUAUGUUCGGCUUCAAACACACGCUGGGUAAUUUUGAUCACAAUGAGCUCAACUCGCAGAAGUCGCGAUUCUUUAGCCGUCUCAUUCAUAUCAAAGGAUCACAGAAUCUGCCACAUCUUUUCCCCCACGUCGAAAAGCGCGUCAUUGAAAGCCUCGAUGAACUACUUGCUGGAGCCAAGCCAGCCGCUCGCGGCGUCACACUUCCAAUUGCAGAGACCGUCCGCACCAUGGCGUCAAGAGCGAUGUGCGUUAUGUUCUUUGGUGAAACUCUCUCGCGUGACACUGUGUUCGCUAAUGCACUUUUGCGACACCCUAAAGAGAUGAUAUCCUGCAUGGCAGCGUUUCAAAUUACGCCUACUUUUAUGUCCCCGUAUGCCCAAACAUCUUCGAGAAUGACCUACGCUGACUGUUUUCUCACCAAGGGAGGCAGAUCGCAAAAUCUGAUACUCGAAAAGCUCGCAGACAUCAUGGGAGCCGGACGAGAUGCAUGGGACGAAAAGCCGGAGAUGAAGAAGUUGACGCUCGCUUGGAAUAUGGCCGAGCUUACAGCGGAUAACAAGUACUGGCAAGGGCCGGAGCAUCUUGCGCAAUCGCUACUUGGUAUCUGGUUCGCCGCGGCGCAUCAGCCAUGGAUGUUUCUCGACUUCAUUAUACUCAUCCUAGCGGUCCGCCCAGAUCUGCAAGAAGCGAUCCGGCAAGAGGUUCGAGACUCAGGUCCGCUUGAUUACAGUGUAAUCCAUCGUCUGCCACUCCUUGACAGUCUCAUAAAGGAGGUCGUUCGAUUGCAUCCUCUUGAUACCAUGGCCGUCCGACGGAAGGCUAUGAGAGAUUUCACCUUUACCACCGGGAACCGGCAAUUUUGUCCGGCGGGUUCCACGGUCUGCGUCUCUGCCUACGAUCAGAUGCAUGACGAGAAAUUCUACCCACAUCCAGAUGACUUCCUACCCAGUCGCUUUGUGAACACGGAAGACCCUUUGCGUGGUGCCCAGUUCGUGGAAGUGUCGGAGAAGUAUCCUAUCUGGGGCUACGGCUCGCUUGCAUGCCCCGGGCGUGUACAUGCUUCCACGGUCAUCAAGAUUGUUAUUUUGCAGAUACUACAGCGUUUCGACAUUAGCCUGGAGAACGAACAAGAGAGGCGUAUGUGGUCUUGGGAAACUUUUACGAUGCCUUAUGAAUCGACCAGGUUCGUUCUCAAGGAGAAAUUUUGUUGA